AUGAAGUUGCAGCUUUGUGCUUUCUCCUCUCUAACAGUUUGCGCUGGUAUUUUCUGUGCCCUGGUUUCGCACCCCGCUGAUUCGGUCGUGUCCAAACUUAAUCAGGACAGCGGUUCUACGGCCUACCAAGUGUUGAAGAAGCUAGGGUGGAUCGGCGUAUGGAAAGGCUUGUUUCCUCGAAUUUUAAUGAUCGGCACGCUGACAGCAUUGCAAUGGUUCAUCUACGAUUCGGUUAAGGUGUUUUUCAAGAUGCCUCGUCCGCCACCGCCUGAAAUGCCUGAAUCUUUGCGCUUGAAAUAUAUUGCUAUGGGAAAGCCGAUACCAGUUAUUAAAGCCAGUAGUCACUGA